AUGGACAGCGACGCCAGCUUGGUCAACUCCCUCCUUACUCGCCUCGCCACUGCCUUCAAAAUCCGAGACCUAGGCAAACCAGGCUUCUUUUUGGGCAUUGAGACAAUUGAGGCAGAAGGCGGUAUGGUUCUUUCGCAGUGGCAUUACAUGACGGACUUACUUAGCCGAGCUGGGAUGGUUGAUUGCAAGCCUCUUGCUACACCAGCUGCUGUCACUAAAGCUGUCACUCCGUUUGAUGAGCUGUUUGAUAUUCUAACACAAUAUCGCCGCAUAGUAGAGAUCACGCCUUCACCGACUACUACCAUACAUGCAUAUUCAGACUCCGACUGGGCCGGUUGUCCUACAGACAGGAAAAGCACCCGUGGCUAUGCUGUAUUCCUAGGGGACAAUCUCAUCUCCUGGCAAUCUCGGAAGCAGCGCACUGUGGCUCGCUCAUCCACUGAAGUAGAAUACAAAGCUUUGGCAGAUGUCGCUGCUGAUGUAACCUGGGUUGUCUCUUUACUCCGCGAGCUAGGACUGCAUAACGGGAAACCUUCCAGUAUUUGGUGUGAUAACUUGGGUGCCACGGACUUUGCGGUUAAUUUUGUGUCAACCAAGGAUCAACUCGUCGAUGUCUUCACCAAACCACUGCCGGGGCCGCGUUUCUCUACUCUUCGGACCAAGCUCAAUGUGGUUGCUCACCUACCUUGUGCUUGA